AUGACGUCGAAUGUUACGUUGUUACUUAGUCAAGUCACUGCACAGACGAUAGAGAUAAGGCAGUCUAGAAAAAAAAUCGCAUGUAAUGUGCAUGUGCUCGCCACGUACAUAAAUUUACUGGAGACCCAAGACGAGACAUAACGGAUUCAUCUCGCGUGUUUUGUUUAUGCGCGGCGGGACGACAACACUGUUGUCUCUGCCUUGAGCGCAACUAGUCCAGACAUGAGUAACGUUGAUCUGAUUUUCUGGGACCACUUGCAGGCUGGCAGCUCAGAUGUGGAUUGGUGUGAAGGCAAUUACCUUAUUUAUCCAGGCAUCGCAGAGUUUUACAACACGAUCAGCAACAUUUUGUUUUUUGUUUUGCCGCCCAUAUUAAUGUGCUUAUUUCGCCAAUAUGCCACACAUUUCAACAGUGGGAUAUACCUCAUUUGGACCCUCCUGGUCGUGGUGGGUAUUGGAUCGACAUACUUUCACGCUACCCUCAGCUUCCUGGGCCAAAUGCUGGAUGAGUUGGCCAUUUUGUGGGUGCUCAUGUGUGCCAUAGCCAUGUGGUUCCCCAAAAGAUACUUACCCAGGAUGUUCAGGAGAGAUCGGUCGAGGUUCAAAGUGGUUAUCGCCAUCCUGUCAGGAAUCACUACCGGCUUGGCUUUUGUUAAACCAGUUGUGAACUCCUUGUCGCUCAUGACUCUGGGCAUCCCAUGCACGGUGCUGCUUAUCACCGAGCUUAAAAGGUGUGAAAACCCACGCGUGUUCAAGCUGGGUCUGAUCUCAGGGAUCUGGUGGGCUCUAGCUCUGCUCUGCUGGCUCAGCGACAGGAUUUUCUGUGAAAUGUGGUCAUCUGUCAACUUUCCCUAUCUGCACUGUUUUUGGCACAUCCUCAUUUGUCUGGCUUCCUACUUGGGUUGCGUCUGCUUCGCCUACUUUGACGUUGCUAGCGAGGCCCCGGAGCGAGGUCCAGUCAUUAUGUUUUGGCCUAAUGAAAAAUGGGCCUUCAUUGGCGUUCCCUACGUUUCAUUCCUCUUUGUCCACAAGAAAUCAGCUAUCAAGGUGACGUAAGGUGAUCCACGACUGCCCAGCUGGUUGCACUUUAACAUUUCUCACCAGGCCGUGUCCCGAAAAGAUUCAUCGCCGGGACCAGUUGCCUCCAUAAAGUAUUUUGGAUUGGAUCACAGAAGUGGUAUUUAUUACCUGCAGUUUAUUCUGAAGCACAGUCAAAAGAACAAACGUGCCACAAACAACGUAACUUGGGGACAUUUCUGAUGGCUUCCUACGAUGAGCGUUUCAAACGUGCCAUGGAGCUUGCCAGGAAGAGCAUGUGAUAUGAUAUUAUUAUGUAUGAUGCAUUUUCCGCUUUAUUAAAUGUGUUGCACAUGGUGUGGUAACUCAAAAUAUGUUUAGGAUUUGGUAUUGCCUUGACAAACUCCCUGCAUCUAAUCGGUGCAUUCCGGCCGUUAGGAAACCAGCAUUGGUGACAAGAAUGCUCUGGAUACACCAACUGUGAUUAUUACAUCAUAGAAAACCAGCUGCUCAGAGUUCACUGCAACUCCUCCACUGAUGUCUUUAUUACCAGCAUGAUAAUGUGGUUGACUGGAAUCAUACUCUUGUACUUUAUUAACCAAUGAUGUCUUUGUAUGUUAAUGAAUGAAGAGCCAUAAUAACCAAAAUGUAAAAAAAAAAAAAGUGAAUGUUGACAUCAAAAUGGAUUGGAUUUGGGAAUGGACAAACAGAAAAUCACUAUCAUAACAUUUCAGGUCAAGCAUCAGUAUUUCAUUGUAAUUGUUAAGCUGUAGGUAACUUUCAAAAUGCUUUUGUUACUGUUUUAUAUUAUAUUUGAAGUGUGUUUGUUUUUUUAUUUAACAGCAGAAAUCUCAACUCGUGUCUCAUUUUCUGGAGUUUAUUUAUUCAGUCCAGAUACACAAUGUUUGACUAUAAGCUAAGAAAAUGUAUGAGAAUUGCCCGCAAAGCCUAAAUCAUACUGGAUAGUGUGUUGCCGAAGAAAACCAAAGUGUAAAACUCUCUUGUAAACAGGGUACAGCAUAUAAUUGUUUGCUGUGUUGGUAUUUAUUUUCACUUAAGGGAAGCAGAGUUGUCUUAUUUCCCCUAAGUCACAAACGGAUUUAUUUAUUAAAUUACAGUUCAUAAAAAAUUUACAUAUUUUUUAUGUCCAGUUUUUUUGCCAAAAAUCAUCUGUGUUGAAUUUGAAAAGGGAACCGUGGGUGCUAAAAAAGCUUAUGCUAAAAAGAAACAAAUGCUUCACCUCAAUUGAUUGUAUUCCAUGUGAGAAAACUCACAUGCGCACAUGAGUGGUCAAAUGAAGGUUUUCCACAGAAACUGUAGUUUUGACAUUACGGUGAUAUUUAAACCCCCAAAUAAUUCAAAUGACAGCAUAUUUACUAUGAAUGGUUUUGAUAUUGCAUGUAUACAUUUGUAUUGCCAAAUACUAUAUUUUUAUUGUAUCCUCCAGAAAUACAGUAUUGCCAAUGUGAACAAUGUCUCAUUGUGAAGCUGAAGAAUACAUGAUUGUGUAGUUUUCAAUGAACACAAAGCAGUAAAUGGUGUAUUUUCACUUAUGUUGAUCUUUUUUCUUCCCCCAUUGUAACGCAGACCGCAGCACAGAAUUAUUUAUUUUCAUAAUUUAUGCUGUUUUGUAAACAAAGAUUUGUAAUAGGUUAUGGUAUUGGUACUUUAUUAUAUGCAAUAAAUGGAGCCAAUGAUGACUAUCA